AUGGAGUUCCAAGACGACUGGCUAGACAACUCCCUGGCUAAUAAAUCAAGAUAUAUACCCACAGAGAAGUUUCCAGAAGUGACAGAUAGAAACUACAGCUUUGCUGAUGACAUACCAGAGCUCGGCUAUUCAAAUUUCACGUCGGACGACUAUUGCUCGUCCAAUCACUCGCAUGUCUACUUAAACGUCACUUGCGAAUUCCCUAUCAAUUAUGCGGAACCCAUGUAUGGCUUUGCUAACGAUACACCAGAACUCGGCUAUUCAAAUUUCACGUCGGACGACUAUUGUUCGUCCAACCACUCGCAUGUCUUCUUAAACGUCACGUGCGAGUUCCCUAUCAAUUAUGCGGAACCUAUGUAUGGAUACAUCGCCCCGUUUCUGCUCGCCACAACAACGGUCGCGAACACGUUGAUCGUCGUAGUUCUAUCCCGACGCCACAUGAGAACCCCGACCAACGUGGUGCUAAUGGCCAUGGCACUAUGCGACAUGUUCACUAUGCUGUUCCCCGCACCCUGGCUGUUCUAUAUGUACACCUUCGGGAACCAUUACAAGCCUCUGAGUCCUGUGAGGGCGUGCGAGGCGUGGCAUUAUAUGAAUGAGACCCUACAUGGUUCUGUCAAACCCAAUUCAACACAAUCUGACUCAAUGUAA